UUGUGAUGUUGGCAGCGUCCGAAAAUGCAACAAAAUUUCAUUGUUGGUGGACCAAGAAAAAAUCUGAUGCAGAAUAGAUCGUAUAAAUAAUCUGGCCAUUUGACAUGCUUUGUCAGUUUGAGUUACAUUAAAUUAAGUAAUUUCCAUUUCAAGCAAAUAUUACAAAUGCCUUAGGUCUCAACACUCGUAUGAAGGACAAUGGAGGAUGAUAAAUUAAUAAGAUACUGCAAGAUCAUCAUCGCAAUCAGUCAAGUUCUGACACUAACACUGCGUGAUUUACUGAAGACGAAAAUUCCUCCAAGGCAUAUUUUCGAAACUGUGAAUAGAGGAAGUAAAAAACAAAAAGAUAAUGUUCGUCAGCAAUUUGAAUUGAUACAAAAGGCAGCUAACGAUAAUGAUUACUGCUCCUUAGAUAUAACGCUUCUAUAUUGUUUACUUCAGAAUUUUACAGACAUUCCCGAGCCAACUAACGGCUGGGGAAGAGAACCGAGGGCAGGCUUUAUAAGAGUGGGAGACAAUAUCGAAAGAGUUCGAUUUAUCCGGAACAACAGUUAUCAUGUUCAAUGGUUGGAUCAGUUAACAGGAGAAAAAUUCGAGGAAAUCAGAACUUAUAUGAUUGGGAUUUGUGAACGAAUGACACGACAAGUUGGAGGUGAUUUGAAUUACGCAGAAAUUCUACUGGAAAUUCUGGAGAGACAUUUGAUAUUUGAUGACAGAUUAAAGAAUACAGUGGAUAAAACAGUUGAACAUUUCAGGCAGGAUCACUUGGCAGAAAUAAUUCCUAGAAAACGGACAGCUAUGGGGUCAGCAGCAGGGAGACCAGCACCAAAAAGAUUGCGAAGAUCAGAUACGACUCCCGAUGGAAAUAUAGCUACAUCUUUCCCUACUUAUGACGAGAGACGGAGGGGUGCACGCUGGAAGUUAAGUCAAACAUGUUCUAAAAAGAAUCUCAAGAAACCUAAGUCUGUUUUGUUAGUUGGACCUGCUGGAGUUGGGAAAUCUUCCUUCAUCAACUCAUCCAUUACAGCAAUCACAGGGAAUUAUUGUCCAUACGCCAAAUCUGGACAAGGAAGAAACGUCACCGUGGAGAAUAAUGUGAUAUGUUGUAAAAAGUAUGCCAAAGGUAAACUCCGGGAGUCAUACUUACCUACGUUUGUCGAUAUGAUUGGCCUCGAUUAUGUCUUUUCACCAUCCAAUGAUAAAUCAGAAGAGUGGCUUGCAGAUGAAAUAGUAGGAAACCUUGUUGAUGGGAAAUAUCCAGAGAACACUGAUCUCUGGGACUAUGCAAAGAGAAGAAUAGAAGACCAUGAACCUGUUAUUACACACAGUGAACAAGGACUAUUGAUUGACGUUAUCCUGAUGGUAUGGGCCCCCAAAUCUGGUGAUCCUCUCCCAGACAAAGUUAUAGCAUGCAUUAAUCAUCAGCGGUGUAUUAAAGGACGAGACAUUCCAGUAUUUGUGAUAAUGACGAAAAUGGAUGAAUGUGAUGUCGAUCCCGAUGAAUUAAAGAAUAAAAAGAAUUUCAUAUGUGAACAACUCAGAAUUGAAAACAGUCACAUUCUGGAGUGCGUCAACUAUAUCGAUAACCAAGGAUGGAAUGAAGAGUUUCAUUCAGAGUUACCCAUCCUAGAAUUUCUGAAUAAGAUCUGUGAUAAGGUGUACGAGAGAAGAGAUUUGGUAAGAUUGCAAUAUAAACAUUGUAUGGUGUCAUCAGAAAGAGUUGAGGAACCAUCAAUUAGCUACACAAAUCGGAACAGGAAUGCAACGGAAAAUACACAAUCUCAGCCAUGUUUGCAAAAUGGAGGGGAUGAACAACAAAACAAUACCCACUUAAAAUAUGAAGCAGAUCUACCGUCGACAUCCUUGUUUGGUCUCACUUCUGGGAAUCAAACAAUUCAAAAGUAUCAACAACCUAAAACAGGAAGUCGUGAGAAUACGACUAGUAUUUCCUCUCGUAAUCGGUUGAACAUGCCUGAUAGUUUGAGUAAUGUCGUUGCUGCUCAAAACAUUCGACGUGAUCGAGGAGACAAUACACAAGUAAGGCUUAGAAGUAACCUUCCUAUCACUACGAGGAAUAUCCAAAGCCAGUCGUCACGUGGUGUAGGUUGUCAGUCAGAAUCCUUUGUUUCUGAAAACAGGGAACAUUCUACAUCCACUGAGAAUGAACAGGAGACUUACUACAUGAGGAAUUUGCCAUUAGUUUGUCGAAAACUUUUAUUUGUAAUCAUUGUUUUACUUUUAGUUACCUUCUUUUUAUUUGUUUGCGUUCAGAGGUCAUAGAAUAAAAAUUUAAAGUAAACAGUUAUACAAGCUUACAGCGAAGUGCCAGGGACCAACAAUUUUGAUUCGUUAUAAACGUUAUUCGUUAUAUCCGUUCAGUUCACAACGUUUUAAAAACUGCGAGGAAUGAAGAUCACUUCGAUAGAUAUUCUCAAUUCAUUAUUAGCGUGUUAGCUAUUAACCAUGUUUUAUUGUAUUUAGUUCAUUUUAUCAGAAGAAAUAUGAUGUUUAAACAAAUUACAUUGUUAUACAAAAUUAUUUUGAUUUGUUUAAGGAAACUGUCCAUUUGUUCUUCUAUGUAAUAUAUAAUGUGUGCU